AUGUGCGCUCGCUUACUUUCCGCUCAGGCUUCGCACACCUUCCGUGCCUACUGUUUAAAGAUGGCUCAUCUCGAUGAUAAGCGAGAACGUAUCGGCGCGUUUACAGACAAGCCAUUAAGCUACCCUCCACGAGUAAGAACGCUGUGUCCUUUCUCUAUAUCGGGCGAUGUUGCGAAUACCGUUGUGGAGUUACGACGAUGUUCGACACAAAAUCAACGGGAUGGACCUAACUCAGAGUGCCGAGCUAGUUUGACUAUAGGAGCAACAGUCAUGCCGAUUCAUGCCUAUAUCAUCACGUAG